CGCCACGUCCUCGCGCAUGCGCGGUCUCCUUCUCCCGCGUGGAGUUCCGGGGUCGCACUAUCAACCUAACAAAAUAAUUCAAAUAACAACAACAACACACCAUCGCGGACACUUUCCUCCCAAAAUUUCCCCCUUCACCCGAAUCACGUAGAGGGGACACCGAGUGUCGUCGUUGGAGGGGUCGCAAAGGGGACGUCUGCAAAGAUGAACUUCUUCAGGGGAGUGAUGGGCGGGCAGACAGCCGGGCCGCAGCCCACUGGAGCGGAGACGAUCCAGAAAUUGUGCGACAGAGUUGCCUCGUCGACUCUCCUCGAAGAUCGCAGGGAUGCGGUUCGUGCUCUUAAGUCCCUCUCUAAGAAAUAUCGGAUGGAGGUUGGCACACAAGCAAUGGAUCACUUGAUAAACAUCCUGCAAACUGACAGGUCUGACUCGGAAAUCCUCGGCUACGCUUUGGACACGCUGUACAACAUUAUCUGCAAUGACGAGGAAGAAGAGCAAGACGAAUCAGAAGAUGAGACUGCCCAGAAGCAGGCAGAUGACCUGGGCGCCAAGUUCACAGAAGCCUUCAUUCAGGAACCCGAGCAUACCACGCUGCUCCUCACCAUGUUGGAGGAGUUUGACUUUCACGUGCGUUGGCCCGCUGUGAAGCUACUUACGGCCCUCCUGAGGAACCAGUGUGUCCAGUUGCAGAGCAUCAUCCUGGUCAGCCCCAUGGGGGUCUCCAGGUUGAUGGACUUGCUGGCCGAUUCCAGAGAAGUGAUACGCAACGAUGGCUUGUUGUUGCUCCAGCAGCUGACCAAAGGCAACGCUGCCAUCCAGAAGAUUGUGGCCUUUGAGAACGCCUUUGAGCGCCUCCUGGAUAUUAUAACAGAAGAGGGCAGCAGCGAUGGAGGGAUUGUGGUCGAGGACUGCCUGCUCCUCUUGCGCAACCUCCUCAAGAACAACAGCUCGAACCAGAACUUCUUCAAAGAGGGUUCCUUCAUCCAGCGCAUGAGGCCGUGGUUUGAGGUCGGUGACGACAACUCGGGCUGGUCGGCACAGAAAGUCACCAACCUUCACCUCAUGCUGCAGCUGGUGCGAGUCAUGGUCUCCCCGGUGAAUUCACCGGGAGCGACGGCGAGCUGUCAGAAAUCCAUGUACCAGUGUGGCCUGCUGCAGCAGCUGUGCACCAUCCUCAUGGCCACCGGCGUGCCGGCGGACAUCCUCACUGAGACCAUCAACACUGUGUCAGAAGUCAUCAGGGGCUCACAGGUCAACCAGGACUACUUUGCCUCAGUCAAUGCACCAUCGAACCCACCCAGACCCGCCAUCGUGGUCCUGCUCAUGUCCAUGGUCAACGAGAGGCAACCUUUUGUGCUGCGCUGCGCCGUGCUCUACUGCUUCCAAUGUUUCUUGUACAAGAACCAGAAAGGACAAGGGGAGAUCGUGGCCACUCUGCUCCCCUCCACCAUCGACGCCAAUUCCAUCUCAGCCGGCCAACUGCUGUGUGGCGGCCUGUUCUCGGCCGACUCGCUGUCCAACUGGUGCGCGUCGGUGGCCCUGGCGCACGCCUUGCAGGACAACCUCACCCAGAAGGAGCAGCUGCUGCGGGUCCAGCUGGCCACCAGCCUGGGCAAGCCUCCCGUCUCUUUGCUGCAGCAGUGCACCAACAUCCUCUCCCAGGGGGAUAAGAUCAGCCGGCGGGGCAGCAAAGUGCAGACCAGAGUGGGUCUCCUCAUGCUGCUGUGCACGUGGAUCAACAACUGCCCCAUCGCCGUCACACACUUUCUACACAAUCAGGAAAACGUUCCCUUUCUCACAGCGCAGAUCUCCGAGAACCUGGGAGAGGACGAACGUCUGGUGCAGGGCUUGUGUGCGCUGCUGCUGGGCAUCUGCAUUUACUACAACGACAACUCGCUGGAGAACUAUACCAAAGAGAAGUUGAAGCAACUGAUCGAGAAGCGCAUUGGCAAGGAGAAUUUUGUGGAGAAGCUAGGCUUUGUCACUAAACACGAGCUGUACUCGCGCGCAGCCCAAAAGCCGCAGCCGGUUUUCCCAGCUCCGGACCAGAUGCUCUUUGACCACGAGUUCACCAAGCUGGUCAAAGAACUGGAGGGUGUGAUAACCAAGGCGGUCCACAAGUCCAGUGAAGAUGAGAAGAAGGAAGAGGAGGUGAAGAAGACGCUGGAGCAGCACGACAAUAUCGUCACACAGUACAAAGAGCUGAUCAGGGAACAGGAUGCCAAGAUUCAGGAGCUGAAGGAGCAGGUGUCCUCCAUGACCACCCAGACUGAACAGAUGCAGGCCACCAUGGCCCAACAGCUGAGCCAGAUCCAGCAGCACAAGGACCAGUACAACCUCCUCAAACUCAAGCUGGGAAAGGAAAACGCGAGUCAAGGCGCAAACACGCUGGGAGACGGUUCCCACGUUAAUGGGAUGCAGACCGAAGAGCCGGCGCAGCUUCGAGAAGAGGUGGAGGAGCUGCGUAGUCAGCACGCCCUCCUCCAGACCCAGCUGUGUGAAAAAGACGCCAUGAUUGACUCCUUGCGGUCCGAAGGGUCUCAGCCAACUGAGGGCGCCACAGGAGGCCCGGAAAACUUAGAACUCCUCAAGGAGUUGGAGCUUCUGAGGAGUCAGGUCCAGUCGCAGGCAGCCGAGAUCAGCCAGCUAAAGACAGACAAUGAAAGCCCGCUUAGAGGAGCUGAAACGGAGUCUACAAGUGCUGCCCCAAGCGGUGACUCCUCGUUGGAUGCUACCAAGACGGCCGAACUGGAGACCAGACUCGCAGCACAGACGUCCGAAAUGGAGAGACUGAAAGAGGAGGUCCAGGUCCUGACGGAGGGCCGGGCGCAGCUAGAGCAGCAGGCGGCCUCGGCCACGAGCUCAGCGGCCAUCCUGCAGACGGAGAUGGCCAAGCUUGAAGCGGACCUGCUGGAGUCCAAAAAGGAGCAGGACGACCUUCUCAUGCUCUUGGCUGACCAGGACCAGAAGAUACAAAACCUAAAGAAGAGACUCAAAGACUUCGGAGAGACGGUGGACGAUGAGGACGAGCUGGACACCAGGGACCAGACUGACGAGGACGACGAAGAUGAGGAUUAGAAAACGAGAGGAACGGCGUGAGGAAGUUGGACUUUGAUAUCGAAGCAGGUGUCUUUCUCUCCGGCGGUUGCCAUGUUUGUUUUCCACGUUCCACACGACAACGUGUACACCUUUUUACUUUAGUCCCCCCAAAAAGUUGCUGUGUUCAUCUCAUAGAGUUAAUACGCUUCAUAACAACAACAAAAGUUCAUUUGACACAUUUAGACACAUAAA